AUGUCCUACCUCACGGCGCGGCAGGCCGUGCAGACGUGCGCGCUGUCGCGGCGGUGGCGCAACCUGUGGCGGUCCGCGGCGAGCCUCGACGUGGACUCUCACAUGGACGACGCGACCAGAGAUCAUGCGGCGCCGCCGCCGGUGGUGGUCUUCGUCGAGACGCCAUGGGAGAAGCUCAGGGACUUCGCCACCAAGCUGCUCCAGCACCACAGCGCCCCGUUCCUGGACAGGUUCCGGCUGCGCGUCAGCACUUACCGGCACGACGGCGACGUCAAAGCAGAGGUCGCCGGAUGGAUCCUCCGGGGAGCCUCGUACCGCCCCGCCGCGCUUGAGAUCAGCCUCGAGCACGCGGCCCGUUACGUGACGAUGCCUCCUCUGGGCACCGGCACCGGCACCACCUCUAGCCGCCUGGCAAGACUGCGCCUCUCCGGCGUGCUCCUGGACGGCGGCUUCGCGAGCUACCUCCGGACCGGGUGCCCCGUUCUGCGUGAUCUGGAGCUCAAAGGUUGCGCCUUGGACGACUUCGAGGAGAUUGUCUCCGGCACGCUCAAGAGCUUGACCUUCUAUGGUUGCACGGCGAAGCGGCGUCGCAACGCUGACAAGUGGCGUGUCAGGGUCACGGCCCCGUGCCUGCUGUCCAUUGCCAAUGGCUGUGGCUGGGGGAACGUGAUUACCCUCUCAACGCUACUUCUAUCGCCGCAGAUAGAUUGA